CCACUGACGUUUGCCACUUCCGCAAUUGUUUGUGCCGCGUUUAGCAAAGGACGCGGAGUGUACGUAUGCGUAUGUAUGUGAACGCAUACGCGUGUGUACGUGUAAGUGUAUAUACUGGUGACGCACGCACACAGGGUCCCGUUACGCAGUUAUACUGUGAGAUCCCCUUCUCCAGGUUUAUGUCUAGUCACUCACUAUAUCGCAGAGAAAGAUAAUUAUCUGCUAUUACUUUACAUACCGUUCCUUCGAGCAAUUACUUCUUUGUUUGUAAAAGCAAAUUCAAACGCCAAAUGAAGAAACGAAACUAGAGUAUAAAUCUUGAUAACGAAAAAAAUCAGCGUAAUCAAAAAAAUGAAUUAGAAAAAAAUAAAGAGAAAAAAAAACACACAAGCAAAUCAAACAGAAAACGACACCAAAAAUAAUAGUAAUAAUAAUAAGUCAACAAAGAAAGAGAAACAAAAGAAAACGGGAAAGAGAAAACCUUCUCCUCGAGGACUAUCCAUGAAGUCAAGAAAUCGAAGUCAAACGAACUAACUGAAGUCACCAUGAAGUCCUUUGCAUCAGCUGUCCUUGCCCUUACGUGGGUUCUCCUCGCUUACUUCUCCAUGGCCGAGGGUCGAAUAUUUCUGAACAACCUCUUCGGCAAACAAAAAAGUGAAGGUCCAGAAAGAUGUCCUUGUUCCUGCGGCCUGCCCAACAGAAAGAUGCGCUUGGUGGGAGGAAAUUGGGCAGAGAUCAACGAGUACCCCUGGAUGGUGGCACUGCUGUACAAGGGCCACUUCUACUGCGGUGGCACUCUUAUCAGUGACAGAUAUGUGCUCACUGCGGCGCAUUGUAUCGAGGGCGUGAACGUGAACAACCUGCGCGUGAUGAUCGGCGACCACGUGCGCAGCUUCCCGAUCGAGACCAAGAGCCGCGACUACCAGGCCGUCUACUCCGUCUACCACCACGAGUUCAACCGGUCCACUUACAACCACGACAUCGGCCUGGUCAAGCUGGGGCAGAAAGUGGAGUACAAGUGGUACUCGAGGCCCGCGUGUCUGCCGCAACCCAACAGCGACUACGUGGGUGAACUGGGGAUCGUAACAGGCUGGGGUCGCACGGCCCAGGAUGGCGACCCCACAGACACCCUGAAGGAGAUCCUGGUGCCCAUCUUCUCGAACCCCGCCUGCCGCGCCCUCAGGUACAAACCACACGAGAUCACCGACAACAUGAUGUGUGCGGGAUACAUCGCCGGAGGGACGGACUCGUGCCACGGCGACAGCGGAGGCGGACUCAUGUGGCAAGGCAGAGACGGCAAAAUGGAUGUCAUUGCGAUCGUCUCCUGGGGUCAAGGGUGCGCGCGCAGAGGCUACCCCGGAGUGUACACGAGGGUUAAUAAUUACCUCGACUGGAUCGAAGAACAUACGAAGGAUAGCUGUUACUGCGGGAGACGUCAAGGGAGGUCGUAGGACUCUCUCGCUGGGUGCUGGGGAGUGCACCUUUUGAAUUUUUGGUUUUACUUUUGUUUUAUUUGUUGUUUGUUCUUUUUUGUUGUUGUUGUUGUUUAUGUUUGAUUUUUAUUUUUUUUUUUUUUUUUUUUGUUUGUUUUUUGUUUUGGCUUUCAUUUUCGGGGUGUGGAUUUUAUCUGUGAUUUUUUGGUGUGUCUGUUGGUGUACAUAAUAACGUCAUAUCAAUUUUGUAUUUGGUUAUUUAUAUUUCGUUUACAUUUUUUUCUAGCUGAAUUGUGUAUUUGAUUGUUUUUCAUUACAAUUUUGGUGUAGAUGCUGUGUGAUUUUUUUUUUUUUUUGUAUAUAUAACUGCCUGUUCCUCGGGGGUAAUCAACUUCUGUUUCAUCUUUAAGUUUAUCCUUUUUACAGGGACUUUGUGAACCUUUGUAUGAUAUUUUUCACUUUUUAUAGUCCUGUGUGUGUGUUGGUGUAAUUAACUUUACUUUUAAGUUUUUUUGUAUUAAAUGUAGCAUAAGAUUUCACGCGUUCUGUGCCUGUGUUCAUAAUAUCGAAUCAAAAAUUCAUUAUUUUUGUUAUAGUCCUCACUUUAAUACUGUAAAUGUUCAUAUUAGCUAACCUAUCUUAGAAACUAUCGCUUCUGUUUUUGUUUUUUCUUUGUUUUCUUUUUGCUUUCUUGUUUUAUCCGUGAAGUGACGGAGCACCUGUUGUGGUUAUCACUGCCUGUGUGCCAUAGUUUUAAUUGUUAAAUGCAGAAAUAGAACUCACAUUCAGUUAAACAGAUUAUACAAGACACUCACAUCCGCAUGUACGUGUACAGUACCAACAGAGAAGCACGCGCACAUAUGCACGUGCAACUGCACACGCACACGCACACAGACAUACCUUACUUAUAAAACACAAUACCUAUUAAAUGGCACCAAAAUAUUGACCGGGUUAAAGAAAAAAUUACCUCUAGGAAUAUUCAGAAGUGUAUUUUUGUAGAGAAGUCUUAUGAUUAUUAUAUUCCAAAAUGAAACUAUUUUGAAGCAUCAAACCAAAAAAAAAAAUCGUAUUUUUGAGCGUGAAAUAGUUCAUUCUAUUUCCACGUCCUCUAUAAAAGUGAUAGACAAGAAAAAAAAUGAAACCAGCAGAAUUGGUUACAUACUAUACAACAGAAAGUAGAAUAUAAACAAUGAGAUGAAGAAUACGUGAAACAGUGAAAAGAGAAGAGCAACGGGUAUUGACUCAAAUGCGGCGUGAAAACACCGUAGAAUCUAUUUGAAAAUAAAACGCGCUACGAGUUAACAAAGAAAAUAUAUGGUGAUUCCAGUCUUACUUGAGGACUCGAUGUGACUUUUCUGAACACUUACAUAAUGAGGAAGGUGAUGAAAUUAUCAUAUUUGGACCAAAGUCCAUAUAUGAUCAUUUCUCUUAGACAAGCGCAUUAGAAAAGUGUUAGUCAAAGGAGAGGAUGAUGCAACGGCCGUACUGAAGGACAGUGACAGCCGUUUAGAUAUGUGACUGGAAAGAAAGAAAUGUAUAUGAUUUAAAUUUUGAAUGUCCUGCACAAAGACAGAAAAUUUUGACCUCAUCUCUUUCACUGUGCCAUACUAUAGAGUUUAUGUAUAUGUAUGUAUAUGUGUGUUAUAUAUGCAUAUAUCAUUUAUACAUAUUGUAAAGAAACUUUUUGUUUG